AUGGAGGAACUAAAGUACCUCUGUGGUUUCGGAUCGGAAUUUACUUCGGAAGAUCCAAGAUGUCCUGGAUCUCUACCAGAGGGACAGAACAAUCCACAAAGGUGUCCGUAUGGGCUGUAUGCGGAACAACUCUCUGGUACCGCGUUUACUGCCCCAAGACACGAGAACAAACGAUCUUGGUUAUACAGAAUCCGACCGUCAGCUAUCCACAAACCAUUCCAAAGGUUAGAUAUGGCCAAAUAUCUUACACAUAACUGGGACGAACAGGAGCCAGAUCCAAACCAGUCUCGCUGGUUGCCCUUCGACAUUCCAACUGGACGUCCUGUAGACUUUGUUGCGGGACUACACACUGUCUGCGGUGCGGGUGAUGCCCGCUCCCGACACGGUCUAGCUAUCCAUGUCUUCCUAUGUAAUACGUCGAUGGACAAAAGCGCAUUUUAUAGCAGCGAUGGAGACUUUCUAAUUGUUCCCCAACAAGGAGUUCUCACUAUAACGACAGAAUUUGGAGUCAUGAAAGUGGCGCCCAAUGAGAUUGCAGUCAUCCAGUUAGGAAUGAGGUUUGCAGUAGCUGUCGAUGGACCUACACGGGGUUAUAUUCUUGAAGUGUUCGACGGACAUUUUAAGCUUCCAGACCUAGGACCGAUUGGAGCGAAUGGUCUUGCAAAUCCUAGAGAUUUUCUCACACCGGUUGCACGUUAUUUAGAUGAGGAAGUUCCGGGAUUCAAGAUAGUGAACAAGUACCAGGGUGCGUUGUUUGUAGCAGAGCAGAACCACUCUCCCUUCGAUGUGGUUGCUUGGCAUGGGAAUUACGUGCCUUACAAAUACGAUUUAAGCAAGUUUAUGGUCAUCAAUGCAGUUUUGUAUGAUCACUGUGACCCAUCAAUCUUCACUGUAUUGACGUGUCCAUCUACUAAACCGGGCGUUGCCAUCGCCGACUUCGUCAUCUUUCCACCGCGAUGGUCCGUUCAAGAACACACCUUUAGACCGCCUUACUAUCACCGCAAUUGUAUGAGUGAGUUUAUGGGUUUAAUUUUGGGCGCAUACGAAGCAAAAGAAGGUGGCUUCCUGCCUGGUGGUGCAUCUUUGCACUCAAUGAUGACGCCGCACGGCCCAGACGAUAAGUGCUUCCAGGGUGCUUCUAACGGGGAGCUUGUGCCGCAAAAGAUAGCUGUUAAUACUCAGGCUUUUAUGUUCGAGUCCUCUUUAAGUUUGGCUAUAACAAAGUGGGGGGCAGAAACGUGUCAGAAACUUGACCCGAAGUACUACGAAUGCUGGCAAAACUUACCCAAACUUUUUUCCGAGAAUAUCAACGUUUAA